AUGGGGGAAAUUUAUUCCUUUGUCACAUCUCUAAAAUCUUAUUCCAUGGUGGUGGUGGCGGAAUUCCUCCGGGGAUAUCCUAGAAUAAGGGGCCCACGAUCCGUGACAGAUCGGAUUGCUAUUGUAGGGGCAGGCCCUGCAGGAUUACAUAUGGCAUUUGAACUCCAGAAACAAGGUUUCCAGAACAUUGUGAUAUUUGAAAGUCGAAGCGAGGUUGGUGGGAAAACUGCAUCCCGAUUUUAUCGGAACGUUUGGCAUAAUCUUGGGACUGUUGGACUAGCUGAAAGCUAUGAUAAAACUGUGGAAUUACUCGAAAAAUUUAAUACCGGGUUUGAAAUACGACCAGAAAUCCCUAGCUACACUUGGCUGAAUAGAAAAGAAUUGAUAUCCAGCCUCCAAACCGCUGGGGUUUCCAUUCAGAGAUUAUUUCAGGCGUCAAGGCGUUACAAUGCUCUAUAUAGAUGUUUCUUCGGAACGUUCGAAGGAGAAAUAAUGCCAAGACCAUCCUCGGAAGUUCUCUAUAGGAUUCGAGGGACAGUGGACGAUUUUCUUCUGAGAUAUAACCUUACAGAUCUACAGCCAUUGUUUUUCGCAGCUUUAACCUUAAACGGAUAUGGGUUUCUGAAUGAGACGGCAGCGUUUUAUGGUCUCACGUUUUUAUCCCCAGUGGUGAUGGAUUCUUUCUUCAAACCUGAAAGGGGAGCUUACCGCCUAAUCGGGGGCUGGCAAAACUUAUGCAUUAACAUUGCUAAACGAAUUGGUGUUGAAAUUCGUUUAAAUGUCGUCAUAAAGCAAAUUCGAAGAGGAAAAACUGUUCGAAUAUCUUAUAAAAAUAAAAAUUCUCGUGCUGUUGUUAUGGAGAAAUUUGACUUUCUAAUUCUCACGCCUUCGAUGAAUUCCUUAUUUCCCAUUGUUGAUUUUAAUCAGCACGAGUUGAGAAUUUUCAAACAUCUCCGGCAUUUAUAUAUUUUAAAAACAAUUGUUAACUCCAUCUCCCCUGGUAGAAGGGCCCUUUCUCCACUUGAAAUUUUCCCCUAUGAUUUUCAAGACGUGGAAUAUACGGUUUUUCGAACGAUUAACCCGCAUCAAGCUGUAAAUAACGUGACCGGAAGGGACUAUCAGAUGGGAAGCAGAGAAAAUAGAGACCCAGAUGGCAGCGUUUACGAAACAAGCGUGUACGUACAACUAGGUAAGGCAAAUCCAUGGAACAAAUACGUGGACGUUGAUAUUCAAAGAAAACUUUUUCAACACCUCAGAGAUUUUAACAAAGCCAGUCCUGAAGUUGUUCAACAGGUUAAAUGGGGGUAUUAUUUUCCCAAUUUUCCAUCGGAAGCUAUAACCGGUGGUGGAGUCUGGGAUAUAUUGGACAUGCAAGGCAUGUAUAACACGUGGUAUAUCGGAGCCUCGGUUUCGUUUGAUGCAAUAGAAAGUGUUCUUGAAUUGUUCAUUUAUUGA